UGAUGGCGGCGCUAGCGAUUGCUAAUAUUGUUAAGUCAUCGCUUGGUCCGGUUGGCCUGGACAAGAUGCUCGUCGAUGACGUUGGCGAUGUGAUUGUAACAAACGACGGUGCAACAAUUCUCAAGCAGAUGGAAGUGGAACAUCCGGCCGCUAAAGUUCUUGUCGAACUGGCCCAGUUACAGGAUGAGGAGCAGCAAGUUCAUCCAACCACCGUAAUCAAUGGGUAUCGUUUGGCUUGCCGUGAAGCUGUGCGCUACAUGCAGGGGUUUUUUUUUGCAUGGAUAGUGCUUUUCAACUUUUUUUUCAGGAAAACCUGUCGUUUGGGUCGCAAGAGUUGGGUCGGCAAUCGAUCAUUGGUAUAGCA